CUUUAAAUCCCUGGCUGGCCCUUUUUUCUAAGGUUUCCCGCGGUAGUGACGUCACGUUUAAAUGCCCCAAGCGGCGCGCUGAUUUGCCAGGCUCCGGGACAAAAGGGGGAGGGGCGUGCCGGCGGGGGGGCCCCUGAGGGCCCCGUGAUCGGCGCCUGCGUGCGCUCAGUGGGAGGGGCCGGGUGCAGGGGGAUCCCGGACUGGCUCGCGGUCUCCGGUGUCGGCUCCCAGGGGCCCCGAUCAGCUGUCAGGCUGCAAGCCCCGCCCCCUCCCGCCCUGGCCGGCCAAUCGCAGGCGCCGAUGCUGGCAGGUGCGGGUGUUAUUGUUUUGGGCUAAAGUUAAAGGCCCCGACACGGGAGACGGAGACCCGGUGUGUCCGGUGAUCAGAGCCCGAGAGACAGCGCGGCAGCCGGGGCCCUCCCUCCCCCACACACAGCGCCCGAGAGACACCGCCCGGGGCCAGCGGGGACUCCCCCGGCCUCCUCCGAUCCCGGCCAGUCCGUGUCACCUCGGGGACACCCAGGGGGACCUCGCCCCCAGCCGCCACCAACCGCCCCCAUGAGGAGAGAGAUGAACGGGGUGACCAAGGGCCGGUUUGAGGUGAGGGGAUGGAUGGUCUGCAUCCUGAGAGAGGGGCGCAGGGUACCCCCCCCCUAUAAUGGCUCUAGGUAUAUGGGGGUGGGGGAUAUUAACAGGCAGGGCGAGGACCCCCAUAGUAUGCCUUCUCCCCCCUCCGUGAGGACCCCCAGUGUAACCCCCAUAUAUGUUCAUAGCUGGUGUAGGGGGCUGUAUUACAAGGAGUGAGUACCCCUUAGUGUAUCCCUCCCCCAUGUAUAUCUUGUUAUAGAUUUGCCCCCCCCCAUAUAUGUCUAUAGCUGUGUUAGGGGCUAUAUUACAAGGGAGUGAGUAAUUUUUAGUGUAACUCCCCCCAUCCCAUGUAUAUCUUGUUAUAGAUUAACCCUAUAUAUGUCAUAGUAGUGUUAGGGGGGCUGUAUUAAUGGGGAGAAUUAUUUAUAUUAUUGAAGUUAAGCUUUAGGUGUUGGGGUAGAGAAAGGGUGGUCUGUCUUUUUUAGUGUCUGUGAUCAUCAGCUGUUGUGAGUGGAAGGGUGAUGUCUUUGUGCUUGUAUGUCUGACUUGUUAGGAAGGGAGGGGGGGGUUGUCUUUGUGCCACAAACUCAUUAAGGAAUAGAGGGGAUCUGUAUGUGACAAUCAACAGGUAUCUGGGAAGCGUGCUACUGGUGUGUAUGUGUCUGACUUCCCUUUUUUUUACGAAGGGAGAAUUAUGUUUUAUGUCUGACUUUCAUAGCGGAGAGUGUUCUUUUUGUGUCUGACAAUCAUCUGUUGGAGAGGAGGUUGCUAUGUGAGUCUUUGUGUUCAUGGGGAGUGUCUGUGAUAUUCACGUCUCGGGGGGAGGGGGAUAUUUUCAUACUGAGCUGUUUUUGUAGGGAGUUCUGUGUCUUUGUGCUAAAGUUGUUAGUGACACUCAGCUGUUGAGGAGGAGGAGUUUCUGUAUGUGUAUGUCACACUCAGCUGGUAUGUAUGUGAGUUAUGUGUAUCUUUGUGCAGUUGAGGAAGUUGACAAUGACACUCAGCUGUUAACUAGAAGAGGAUGUUUUGUGUGAUUGUGACACUCCGCUGUUCUGGAUCAGUGGGGAGACAGGCACAGGCUAGUCUUAGAAUAGAAGCUGGACUAUUUUCAACAGGGACUGCAGUAUAUAAUUUAUUCAUCCUAUAGAAGAAAGUUAUGUUAAACAAGCUUUCAAUUUAUUGCUCAAACUAUGCAGCCUGAGUCGUCAGUGGAGAAUUGAGACAAUCCGUUAUUCACUAAAGGCCAAUUUUUAGUGAAUUUAAACACGAAAACCAAAAUUUAGCAUAAAGUAGUAAAUAUAGCUUAGUUGGAGAAUUACAAUUUUUGGUUAUAUUUUUUGGGCACACAGAUUUAAUUUACAAAAUUGCAGUGUUUUGUGAAUAACCCUGAAUAUGAACUACAUUGAAGGUUUUUGUAUUCUGUGUGACCAUUAGCUGAUGAUGGGAUAGCGUUUAGUAAUCUAUAAUUAUUUUUUUAUUUUAAGGGUGGACCAGGUUGACAUUUGGCUAUUAAAUGCUGGGAGUGUAUGUCUGACACAGAGCCAUUAUAUGCAUGAAUCUGAUGUCUUAACACUGAGCUAUUUAUAAAAGUUCAGUGAUUGUACAUUUCCAGUCUUCCAUAGAGAUGAUCUGGAAAUGUGGCACUACUACAAACCAGUAGAUAAAGAUCUUUAAAGGGACACUGUAGGAACUAUAACAAUUUUAUCUUAUGGUAUUCGUUAUUCUGUCUGCUAUCCUCUGCCGCUGUCCUUCCUUCAUUCAAUGCUAAGCCAUUUCCAAGCAGGGACCCUGGUCACCAACAGCUCAUCACUAUUCAAGGAAUGGCUAAUACACUCUUCCAGCUAUAUUAAUUAAAACAAGCAAUUGGGUUCUGUGGAAGGAUGAAAGCCAUCUGUUCAAAGUCUCAGCCAAUCACGGCCACUCAUUGCUGCUUAGGCUAAAGCUUCCUCAUUAGUCCUUGCAUUGCCAGAGACUCUUGUUAAACAAUAAAGGAAAACUAGUAACAGGAAUACAUACAUGAAUUCCUGUCAUUAUAGUUUAGGUUCCUAGCCCCCCCCCCCCUCAACAAAGUAAAAGGUGUUUUACUCGUCUUUAUUCAAGCGUCUUUGUGGCUGGUCCCUCCCCUGCUCCGCCUCCUUGACUGAGGUCAUGAAACUUGACCAUGUCAGCCAAUCCAAUGCUUUCUUAUCGGAAAGUAUUGGGAGGCUAUUGCAAAGGAUGUCAAAAUGCUGUGCCAAUCAACAUCUCCUCAUUUCCAUGAGGCACGUGAAGGCCACUAGAGGUGUUACUCGGCAGUAAUAUUAAAAAGCCUGCAGGGAUAUACUAUAUACAAACUCUUCAGCAAAACAUUGGCGACUUCUACACACCAUGUGCCUCAAGACUCGGUAACCCCACCCUUUGACUUUAUGUGAUCUUCUGCUUCGUGGCUGAAUUGCUGCUGUUCCUAAACUCUCUCUCUUUCUAAUAUUACUACUUACAGUUGACUGCGGAAUACGUAGCAGGGAUGAAAUAUCACAAACUGACUUUAUUCCAAAGGUGGCAUCCCAUCACAGUACCACACUUAAAUUCAAUGAGCUCUUACCUGAACCUGUUCCUCGUGGGUGCCACCAUCCUUUUUCAGGCGGUUCUCUGCUCUUAGUGCAUGCGUGAGAGUACAGAGGUCUAUGGAGGGUCCUGCAAAUCUGCGGGAUCUUCCAUAAAAAGACAUAAAACACAUGCAGUGAAGGGCGACAGGAGAAAUAGAAAUAUUCAGGAUUAUUCAUCAAAGUGAGAAUUGCUGGCAAUUCAAAGUAAAUUUUUAAAUUUAAGACUAAAAUAGCUGAACUAAAUACAGUAUUAUCAUGGAGAGUUUUUCUUGUUUGGCACUCUUGGCCUAACUAUUAAAAUUCACUCUGAAUUUCUUAAGUGAAUUCUCAGUUAAGUGAAUGUAUUUUAAUUUUUUUUUUUUUUUUUUUAAUGCCAACAGCUAUGUGCAAAGAGCUUAGCUGAUAACAGUGAAAGAAAGGGAGCUAACACCGAGGCACCCAUUGCCAGGAUAGAAAAUUAAAGUAACACUAUCGGACUAGGAAUGCAAACCUGUAUUCCUAACAUUAUAGUGUCACUGUUCAUAACUUUAAAUGUCCGACGAUGACCGUGGUGUGUGUUUGGUUAAAUAUAGGGAUACAUGAACAGAAUAUUAAAAAAUAAAAACCUGGGAAGUUACAGCUCUCCUUUAAUACUGUUGUCUACGUGCUUGCAGUGUCCCUUAAGGUCAUGACACAUUAUUUCAGUGUGAUAUCAUUUUAAUUAACACGUGUAUCAAAGUGCAACAAGCAAAAUUCAGUUAUUUGCUUGAUAGUGUAUUCAUGAUGAGGGGGUGCCUGUGAAACCACUGUGAUUUGAGUGAAAGUUUAUGGAUGCCAAGGGUGGAGGGUGCUGUGCUUGUGAUGUGUCAGCAACUGUUGUGCACUGCAAUAUGUCCCAGACAGGAACUGCUGUUCUAAUAAUUGCUAAUACUCACUUCUGUCUAAUGCACAAUCUGCUUUGACAGCAGCAGGAAGCUUCAAAUUGCCUUAAACACAAAACCUGAAACUGUUGUAUUAAGCUGUUUAAUGGAUUUUUUUUCUUUAUAAAACCUAUAUUAAAUUUCUACAGGAAUAUUGGUGCCAAAUAACAGGGGUGUUGCAGUAUGCGGUGAUACCCUUUUCAUUCCUGAAAGUAGUAGGGAUUUUUUUUUUUUUGUUCUGGUUAAUAUAAAUAUAUGUAAUUGUUCAUUAAAAGAAUAGUUACUAGAAAUUGCAGGGGCCCCACUGCAAUAAUCAAUGAACCCUCCCGAUCAUUCAUGCCACACAGUCACCUUAUGUGUGGUGGUUGAUUGUGUGUGUGUGUGUGUGUGUGUGUGUUUUUUAUUAUUAAACUCCCCAUUUUGCUUAUCUUUAUGCAGGUAGGGAGUCUAAUACCUGGUGAUCCAGUGGGUGCUGCAAGGAUACACAAAGAAAGAGGUAAAGCCCCUCUAAAGGGAUUUAAAGAUGGGAGAAUCCCUAGUCUAAUUAUAAGCCAUGUCAAAAUAGUGAAUAAUACAUCUGUGCUUAAAGGGACACUAUAGUCACCCAUACCACUUCAGCUCAAUGAAGUGGUCUGGGUGCCAGGUCCCUCAGGUUUUAACCCUUCAGAUGUAAACAUGGCAGUUUCAGAGAAACUGCUAUGUUUACAUUGCAGGGUUAAGCCAGCUUCUAGUGGCUUUGUUCCGGACAGCCACUAGAGGCGUAUCUGCGAUGCUGGCGGCAUAUUAUGCCUACAUCGCGCAGAGUUUCCCUAGGAAAGCAUUUCUCAAUGCUUUCCUAUGGACACUUUGAAUGCGCACGGCACUUGCUGCGCAUUCGCAUUAAGCUCCGCUGACGUUGGGGGAAGAGAGGUCACUAGUGCCAAGGAAGCCCGGCGCUGGAAUAAGGUAAGUGACUGAAGGGGGUUUUAACCCCUUCAGUGCCACGGGAGGGGGACCCUGAGGGUGAGGGUCCCCAAAGGAUUAUAUAGUGUCAGGAAAACCACUUUGUUUUCUUGACAUUCUAGUGAUCCUUUAAAUAAUCACUCUAGGUAAGAAUAAAAACAAAAAAAAGUUCUACGUCAAAAUACUUUCUAUACACUCUACCUAGAAGUAAGGGAAAGUAUUAAAAAGAAAUGCCACUUUAACUCAACCAAUGCUAUUAUAUUUGGGAAAGAUUCCUUUAUUAGUUGCUUGGAUAGGUACAAAGUGGUGUAUCGCCUAAAUGUCUACCACAAUCCAGGGAACAUCAACUGAAUACCUAUAAAGUGGAAAGGAUCAAGAUGUGCCUAGGGUAAUAUAGGGAGCUAGAGGAUAGUGUGUGUGUGUGUGUGUGACCCUAAGCAUAUUUUAGACACCAUUGAGACAAAGUUUCCACUUGUACAAAGCUACAGAAAGUAAGCAAUAAUUACGUAAGUAACAACCACAUUAAUACUUGAACUAAAUGGGGGAAGAGAGAUAAUCUUUCCUGAUCAAAAUGAGUGCAACAAUAUGCACUAGAGGCGCUCCAUAUGUACUACUUAAAAUAGGGGGAUAGAGGAUAGGAUGGAUGUUCUGGAAUCUUUCCCAAUUAUAAUGGCAUUAGUUGAGUUAAGGUGGCACUUGUUUUUAAUACUUUCCCUUACCACUAGGUAGUGUGUAUAGUAUUUUUAUGUAUUGCUUUUUUGUGUUUUAUUCUUUGAUUAUUUAAGCACAGAUGUAGUCACUAUUUUGACAUGCCUUAUAAUUAGACUAGGGAUUCUCCCAUCUUUAAGUCCUUUUUAGAGGGGCAGUACCUCUUUGUGUGUGUGUGUGUGUGUGUAUAUAUAUAUCUAUAUCUCACAGUCACACACACACACCACGGUUAAGCUCUAGGGGAGAAUUAUCCUUAGGGGGACCUCUCUAUCUUCUUUGGUGCUGCAAGGAUCCCUGUGGGUGCCGCUAGCAGGAUCUCCGGUGGUCUAGUGGAGUAGGUGCAGACCACUCAGUGUACAUGCUCCUUCUAGUUGACACUCAUUCAGUGUGUAAGGGCUUUCCCAUAGCAACCUGGUGGUAACCCUCUGAUUUAUUGAAUCCGUGUUGGAAUUGCAAGGGAGUGCUUACCUAACGCUCCCUCACAAACUUUAAAAGUUAUUAAACAUGUUGCCAAGAUGGCAGUAUAUAUUAAAUUGAUGAUUUUACAUAAGGCCCAAGCCAACAUAUGGAACUCCAGGGCCCGGUUGCAUAGUGACCUUGGUAGUUCUGCCACUGCUCACUGAAAAUGUCUCCUAAACUGAAAAUGUUGGGGGCUUUGCUUGUUUGCAUUUUACUGCCCAACGAGCCCUAUGUUUAAGAAAGGGGCUGCAUGGAAAGGGGGAAACCAUUCUGGUGGUCUAAAUAUUGCUGUUAAACCAUUGCCAAUAAUGACAAAAUGUACUAAUGGCAGCAUACGGUCUGCUUUCAAAUGCAGAUGUUGUGGGACAAUAAACAUAACAUUUUGUAAACUACAAUAAAUUUAAAGCAUUAGGGCUUAGGCCUACUUCAAAAAGGCUAAAAAGCUCAUCUAAAAAGUCUGCAUGCAUUUUGCUUUUUUCCAGUAAGUGAAAGCCAAUGACAUAACUGAGAUACUCCUCAAACCAGACAAUGUUUUGCAGUCUUCUACUGUUCUGUUUAAUGUGUGUUUGUGUAAGCCUCCAUUUCAUGUUCUCAUUGGACUAGAGUGGAGAUCAGUUUGAAGUGGACUGAAUACAAAAGCAGAAGACCAGAGUUUGACUUCAGAGUUUCUUCCAUGUGCCACUGUUGUAACUUGUGGUUACUUCACGUAGUCUCAACCUGGUCUGCUAGAACCAGUCUAGCAUUUCUGUCUGACCUGACCUUUUUGCCCACAACUUGCUAAUUGGGUUUGCCUUUAUUUAUUUUUGCACUGUUUUCUGUAAACUGUAGAUACUAUUGUGAAAAUCCCAGGAGUUAAGCAGAUUCUGCGACACUCAAACCAUCACAUCUGGUACUGUCAUUCCACGGUCAAAGAUUACAUUUCCCCCCUCUCAUGUUUUUGGUUUAAACAACCAAACCUCUUGACCAUGUCUGCAUGCUUUUAUUCACUGAAUAGCUGCCACAGGAUAGCCUAAAUAGAUAAUUGCCUCAAUGAGCAGUUGUCCAAAAGGGAGCACUGUACGUACUAUAACAACUUCAUCUAAUUGACCCAAAAGGACUAUUUUAGCAAUAAGGCUUGGAAGCGCGACUUCAAGCCACAUUUGAGUCCUCUGGAUAGGAGAGCUGGGAAAGUUCCUUGCGUUUAUACACUUGUGGAGUACGGCCGUCACAGCUUGUCAUAGAGAAUCCUUGCAUUCAGUUCCUAGGGUCCUUAAUACUUCUCUAUGAUGUGGGGUGUUGUUGGUGGCAGCGCUGAGGGAGAAAAGGUAAGUAAAAUUUUUUUUUUUUUAUUUUAUACUGCACAUGGGGUGGCCCUACAACUAACUAGGGCAGGAGUAGGCAACUUCCGGCACUCCAAAUGUUGUAGACUAAAUAUCCCAUAAUGCUGGCAAAGAAUCAGGGGAGAUGUAGUUUACAACAUCUGGAGUUCUGCAGGUUGCCUACUCCUGAACUAAUGACCGGGAUAGCAUAAUAUUAGGAACACAGAUUUGUAUUUACUGCUUAAGUGGCCAUUGAUUUGUGAGGGCAAUGCAUGAAAAGUGGUGUCAAUAUGUAAAAUGGGUAGUACCCUAAUGGAAUUUGCCUACUGGUUUCAAUAUUUCUUGCCACAUUUCUAUUUUUUUAAUUUUGUUUUAGAGCACAAUGAUUUUUAUACAUAACAUUAAUUUUUCUUCUACUCAAAACCUCUUAAGCCAAGCGGUCACAUGUGGUUUUACAUAAAGAUCUUAAAGGAACACUCCAGACACCAUAACAACUUGAUCUAAAUUGUUAUGGUGCAUAUAGGCCACCCAGGCGCAUUCUUGCCUUCAGGGGAAUCAUCUGUUCUCCCAUGGGGGCACUGAGAUUGGUUCUGGAGGCAACCUUGAAGUAAAAACAUUCGAGAAUGGUUCAACCCUUGAUGGUAAAAAUGCUUCUGGGGCACCUUUGGGCACCAUACCUUAAUUUAGAUUAAGUUGUUUUGGUGCAUGGAGUGUUCCUUUAAUAUCUUAGUGUAAAACAACAAGUGAAUGUUAGGCUUAAGAGGUUUCUCGUAGCUGAAAAAUGUGAUGUAGGAAAGUUGUAUAACUUGUAUGUUUUGUAUUGUGUUUUUUUUUCUCUCACUUGUUUCAUGGAAAAAAUACAUGUAUCUUUAGGCAUUAUUGAUCUCUUUAAUUAGGCAUCUGAAUUCUGGCCCGCAGAUGUUACUUAUCAAGCACAUGAUUAUGUGGCUGUCUACUGCAAUCAAACAAUUCUGAGAGUCGUAGGUCAUCAAUAUGUGCGCGUCAGUGCUUGAAGACUCUGUCUUAAAAAGACACAGCAUUUGUGUGUAGACAUUGCCAAUCUCUUUAGAUUUGUAUAGCUCAGAAGAGACCAGCAUUAACAAUGAUUACACAUGCCUUUUUACCAUAAACAUCUGUGAUUAUUAUUUGGACAAUGACUCGAGAUCCCUCCCUGUAAAAAUGUUGCCCAACCACAUACCUCCCUACAUUCCACAUUUUAGGAUCUGUCUAGCAUCAUCCUAGGCUCUUAUUAUCUUUGGUGUCCUGCUUUUGGAACACUUGGAAACGCAGAAUGAACUCAUGCACACAACUUCUGGAACUCUGUUCAUGCUCCCAAAUGGCAAGGUGCAUGAUGGAUCAGUGAGUACGUAUGCUUUAACACCCUUUUUUCUUAAGUUCUGUUUUCCACUGUUACAUUAGUGAUGUUUGCUGCAUCAUUGGUACCCUAACUUUUUAUGCUGCUUCCUCAUCAUCUUUGUUUUGUAAUCUUUGAUUUAUACCUCCCAAUACUAGGAGAAUUGCAACCAAAUUUUGGGUGACAACGGUAGUGUCAACUCGUGAACCACCCUUGAUUAGAGUAAGGAAGUGCUGUUCUAUUAUACCUUAUUCUUUCUCAUUAAUCCGCACCGACGAAUUUGGGAGAGCAUUGACACCUGUAGCAUAUUGGUGCCUUUUUAAAACUUUUUUUUUUUUUUUUUUUUAUUGUGGUAACUGCCUGUCAUAUGCUAUCCAUCUAACACAUAACUUUAAAAACCCUUGGCAGCACUUGGGUUAACGAUUUUCCUCUGGUGUGUCAGCUGAUUGCUCUCAGCCGGUGAGCUAAGGCAUGAACUGCAGAGAAUAACUGAGGAUAUUGGCUGGUAGUGUAGGAGAGAGCAGAAUCUGGUUGAGGGAAUGCAAGGGAACUCCUUGCACCAUAACCACUACAACAUGCUCUUUUAACUGGAUGUUGCAGAAAUUUCUAAAACUGUACACAAGUGCCCAUCUAAGUGAUCAAUUGUCAUAUAUAAACACAUUAUUGCAUUCACAUCUGCACACUGAAUAGAUCAGUCCUAUAUAAGCCGGUCAGCACGUGAUGUCUUUAGUGUUGUUUUGCUACUCUACUGUCUAGCCAGGUUUAUUCACCCUUCCUCCUAUAUACAAUGGGGAGUGUAUUCAAUUUACUGCAAAAUAUAGAGAAUUGAAACUUAAAUGGGAAAACGUUAGGUAACCACUUCUGAGUUAGAGAAAUUCUCCAACUCAACUGUAGUCAUAGCUUGGCUACUUUAGACUAAACUUUGCAAUUUUAGUUUGCCACAGCUGGGUGGUCCAGAACUCAACAAGACCUAUGAACAUGUCCUGUGGUAUCUUGCACCAAGACAUUAGCAGCAGAUCCUUUAAGUCCUGCAAGUUGCAAGAACCUCCAUGGAUCGGAUUUGUUCCAGCAAAUCCCACAGAUGAUCAAUCAUAUUGAGAUAUGGGGAAUUGGAGGCCAUUUGUCAUGUUCCACAAACCUUUCCUAAACAAUCUUUGCAGUGUUCAUUAUCCUGCUGAAAGAGGCCACUGCCAUCAGGAAACACUAUUACCAUGAAGGGAUGUAUGUGAUCUGCAACAGUCUCUAGUUUGCACAUGUCAUAGUAACAUCUAUGUGAAUGCCUGGACACAAGGUUUUCCAGCAGAACAUUGCCCAGAGCAUAACACUCCCGCUGCCUGCCUUCUUCCCAUAGUGCAUCCUGCUGCUAUCUCUUGCCCAGGUAAAUGGCUCACAAGCACCCAGCCAUCUACCUGAUCUAAAAGAAAAUGUGAUUCAUCAGACCAGGCAACUUCUUCCAUUGCUCCAUGGUCCAGUUCUGAUGCUCACGUCCCUAUUGAAGGCAAUUUUGGCAGAAUACAGGGGUCACCAGGAGCACUAUAACUGGUCUUCAGCAACGCAAACCUGUAUGCCGCAAACUGCUAUGCACUGUGUGUUCUGACACAUUUUUAUCAUGGACAGCAUUAACUUUUUCAGCAAUUUAAGCUGUGUGAGCGGACCAGACAGCUAGCCUUCGUGCCCCACUGGGUGUUUGUGAUCCUGUUGCAGAUUGACUGUUUGUACUUCCUUGCACAACCUUUGGUGAAUACCCCACAAGACUUGCCACUUUUCAGAUGUAAUAGGGGAUAGUGCGUUUUAUUUUUCUUGCUGACCGUAGAAGAGCAGUGUGUGGUGGUGUGCAGGGUGAUGCUGUAAGAAAGGGGGGUGGGGUGGGGGUGGUAUGACAAGGCUGUGACCUACACUUAAAAAAAAAAGCAUUCCCUGGUGGUUCAGUGGCCAGCUUUCCAGUCUCUCUGCCGGGUGUAGAGCUGCAGACCAUGUGAUAGAGAUCUUGUGAGCGCCCGGUGCGUUGCCACUGGUUAUUGGGAGUUUGUAAGCUGCAUAGUGGCAGUUUCCCUGGGCAGACUGAUCAGAGGGCCUACGCACCUGGCGGCAUACAGGGCAAGCCACCGGGCCCCCUCCUGUUGUCAGCCUCAUGGACCUGACAUGACAGUCUGCAGCCACCUUGGGGCCUAUUUUAUGAUGGCAGGGGCGGUAAAACACCGCCCAUGUCAGAGUGCCUGGGCCUGCCCUUUUAACAAAAGCAAGUUAUGAUGUAUUUGUCUCAACUUGUCACACAAUACAGUUACUUUGGGGGCUUAAGAUGGAGGGGACCUGUAGUGUGUAAUAGUUAUUUUCCUAACUUACCAUGGGGUAUAUGUAUGUCUGUCUCCUCCAUGCAGUCUCAUUCUUACAAGCACUCAGACUGGCUGCAUAGCAAAGACAGAUAGGAUUGGGGGCACACCGGAGCAUGCAUUCUGCAGGAAUGGUGCUACCACAAUGACCAAUAUUCACACGUAAUACAAAUUAAGAAACCUAAAAAUACAAUUCUCAAACUUAAGCUGCCUAUCUAAGAAAACAAAUAAAUAUGGGGAUUCAGUUCCACCAUAUGGCCAUAUUGUGUUAAGCCCACCACUACUUCACAGUACCCCAAUAACGGUGGGUCCUAUACCAAUUCUAAAUAUGAGACAAAUUAAAUAGUGCUAAUAAGCUGACUGGCUGCAUACCUGCACUUUUGUACCUAGGACUUGUCCUGGCACACGUGGUUUAGGCAGCCUUGAACUCUGUUUUGGGUUGCCUAUUGUUAAUGCGGCACUGUCAUGCCGAACUUACCUUUCUUUAAUCGAUUCCUCUUCUCUCAGGAUCUGUUCUUUAUCUCUUCUUAUCUGCUCUACUUUUCUUUAACACAAAAGACAAAGUAGGGACUACUUUUGUAACGGCACCCCCAGGCAUAAAAGGGGUUAAAAGCCAUUUAAGAGAUAUUCCCUUCCAGAUAUACAGGCAGCUACUGCAGAACAACAAUCUCCCGAACUGAAAACACACGAAUGCUUCAAACUCCUGAAUUGGAACCAUAAGAAUAAUAAGAACAGGAAAAAAACAUACAAACAGUUUACACUCCUGGCAAUCAGUCUGAAACUGCAUCCAAUCCAAUUCCCCCCAAAAACGAGACAAGGCUCUGUGUUGAGGGUCAAGCAGUGCUCUAAUUAAUGGGGCUACCUGCCGGUAUUUAUUCAGGUCUUCCACCUGGUGGACACUCCCUUAGGGGACCCGAUGGAAGACUGGGACACAAAUGGUAAAAUAACCAAUCACAGGAAUACAGGGUUAAAACACUCCCACAGUACAUUACAAUCCCUUCCCUCGGAGAUAAUUGGGAAGUAAUGCAAUUAUCUCCAAGGACAGAGGCAAAACUCCAUUAACCACAUGGCAGUAAAAAGACAUAAAAAUAGAUAACUGUGCAGCCAUUGCAUAAAACAGGUACAUUCAACCUAUCCCAAGAUAGCUUAGAUCUGAGCGCACAUUACCGAAUGGCGCUCACAUCACAUACAUACAGUUCAAUCGCCAUGAAGCCAAAGUCUUUCACAUAGUCUUUUGGUAUACGAAUAGGCUCCAUGGCAUAGCUAUCUGGGGUAACGACUGAAGGCAGGAGAAGGGAGGUCGGCGGCUCAGCGUUGUUCGUGUGUUCAACUGUCCAUUUUGAGUUCCACAGGUUUGGAGCCGAACACCGCUGGCCAUUCAGGAGUUUAAGCCUUUCUGCAGGGGAAAAUACAAGCUUUUAACAUGGGGCCAUAGUCCAGAGGCAGCAGGCGAGCAACCAGGCUUCUCCAGAUGAUGAUUAUUAUGCGCCAUCAAAUUUCCCAGCACUUUACAAUGGGUGGACGAACAGACAUGUAGUUGUAACCAGACAAGUUGCACACACAGGACCAGAGGGGCUGUGGGCCCUGCUCAAUGAGCUUACAUGCUAGAUGGAGUGGGGUAAAAUGAUACAAAAAGGUAAGGAUAGUAUUAGACUAGUGACAGUUGUAGAAGAGUAAGUCAGGAGCUAUUAACAGUUUAACUGAUAUGCUUUUAUGAAGAAGUGGGUUUUUAACAAUGUUUUGAAGGAGUGGAGACUGGGUGAGCAUCUAACGGAGGAGGGAAGCGAGUUCCACAGGAACGGUGCAGCCCUCGAGAAAACAACUGAGCAUGUAAAACAACUGAGAAGUGGAUUACAGUAGUCAAGGCGAGAAAGGACAGUGGAAUGGACCAACACCUUAGUUGCAUCUGGCAUUAAGUAGGGGUGGAUGCGUGCAAUGUUUUUGAGAUGGAAAUUACAGGAUUUGGCGAUUGAGGCUUGAAGGCGUUCGGAGUCAAAGAGAACACCUAGGCAGCGAGCCUGCGUGGUGGAGCUGAUGGUAGCACCAUUGACUUGGAGGGAGACAGACAUAGGAGUAACAACACUUGAAGGAGGAAAGACCAGAAUUUCAGUUUUGGUCAAGUUUAGUUUAAGCAAGGGGGCAGCUAUCCAGUUAGAAAUAGCAGAGAGGCAGUCAGAUACACUAGUCAAGAGGGACAGGGAGAGAUCAGGAGAGGACAGGUAGAUUUGCGUGUCAUCCGCAUAGGAGGAGGUUACAGAGAGCAGAUGAGAGGCAUCAGUGCAAUUGGGGUUGUUGAUUGAGGGGGUGGGGGGGGCAGCCAGGUCUCUGUAAGUGCAAGCAGUGUGAGAGACUUUGAGAUGAAAAAGUCAUGUAUGGUUGUUGAUUUUAAAUUACUGCAGAUGGAGCAGGCAUUCCAGAGUGCACAAUGAAUUUUGGUAAGUGAGGGUAAAGGGCAGGGUAUUGUGAUGAGGUUUAUGGGGUUUCUGGUUUUCUUAGUGUGUGUAGAGAAGGUGAAGGGCCCUGGAUUGGGAGACACAUCACCAGCUGCUAGAAGUAGGAGAGAAAGUGACAGGAGGUGUGAAUGGGUUUUGUAUGCAUGGGGUCUAGGGUGAGAUCGAUUGUGGGUAGGAGUGAGAGAGUAGAGAAAUUAGUGUAAGGCAUGAGAUGAGAGAAGGGGGAGUGUAGCCGAGAGGGGCAUAUGUAAAUGUGCAUGGGGGAUGAGUGAAGUGGGUGUAAGGAGAGAUUUUUAUACUAAGGGAGAUUGAGGAAAUAAAGAGGAGAAAACAGAUAAUUUCUAAACUGUGAAAAAUAAAAAUUGGAAAGAAUUGGAAUAUCAAGAGCAGGUGAAUGUAGGAAAUAUGUUUUUUUGGGUUAAAGGACUACUAUAGUGCCAGGAAAACAUACUCGUUUUCCUGGCACUAUAGUGCCCUGAGGGUGCCCCACCCUCAGGGACCCCCUCCCGCCCGGCUCUGGAAAGGGGUAAAACUUACCUUUUUCCACCGCUGGGCGGAGAGCUCUCCUCCUCCGAUCCUCCUCUUCUCCUCCCCGUCGGCUGUAUGCGCACGCGCGGCAAGAGCUGUGCGCGCAUUCAGCCGGUCACAUAGGAAAGCAUUCAUAAUGUUUUCCUAUGGACGCUGGCGUGCUCUCACUGUGAAAAUCACAGUGAGAAGCACGCAAGCGCCUCUAGCGGCUGUCAAUGAGACAGCUGCUAGAGGAAAUAGGGGAAGGCUUAACCCAUUCAUAAACAUAGCAGUUUCUCUGAAACUGCUAUGUUUAUGAAGAAAUGGGUUAACCCUAGCUGGACCUGGCACCCAGACCACUUCAUUAAGCUGAAGUGGUCUGGGUGCCUAGAGUGGUCCUUUAAGAAAGUGCAGGAGUGUACUAAUAAGAGGCAGGUUGUGUUUUUUAUUUUUUGUUUUGUUUUAUAACCUAACUAAAAUGUGGGUGUGACAGACAAUCUAUAAAUGUAAUAAUGAGCAUGGUGUGGGAUGGGGAGGGUGGGCAUCAGGCCUGCUCACUGAAGGAAUGGGCUUGCAACGUUGGGGAAUCAGGCGAAGUUGGUUCCGCCACAACGUUGUCUUAUGGAUGUUUCCUAAGCUUGACCAACGGAGGAACAAAAGUGUGCUCAUUUUCCUGUGGUCAAAGCAAUUUUGCCACAAUUCUUACCUUUCCUCCGUGAUCUUGCGAUGCUUCCUGUCAGUACUCCCGAACAUUGUCACUUAGACAGAACACCGGCGAAACUAACAAACUUUGUCCUAACAGAAUGAGCGGCGGGUGGGGGCCCUAAAUUAUAAUUGGGGGGGAUCUGUUGUCCUCACCCGGCCCCCACCCAUGAGUGGUGGAGAGGGGGAAUAAACAUGGAGAUACCGUUCCACUUAGCCAAAAACUUACCCCACAUGAGUAGGUCAGUUUUGGCGUGCUGGUCCAACGCAAUUGGGCAGGCGUCCGGUACCCCGUGAAGCAGACAAAGAAGCCUGGAUACGAAAGACCUUCCCUGUGGAAUGAUGCGCAUCGAGAAAUUCAGGGACCCCAAUAAGGACUGAAGUUCCUUCCUGGUGCAUACAUCAUUCCGCAGAAACAUGUCUAUCUCCCCUCUCAAGCGGACCAGUUUGUCGGGGGGAAGGCUGGCGCGGAAGGUACCAGAGUCCAGCUCUAUCCCCAAAAAAGUAAGUUUAGUAGUGGGGCCAAUCGUUUUAGAGGGAGACAAGGGUACCCUGAGAGUAAAGAAAUGUGCUGAGGAUAUCGGUGGGUGUGCGUGCGCCUGGUUCUAUUAUGAGGAAGUCAUCCAAAUAGUGAAUGACGGAGUGACACCUGAGAAUGUUCAGAAGCAGCCAGCAUAGAGUUUCUGCGAAAAUAUCAAACGGUUUAGGGCUGCUUCUGGACCCGAAAGUGAGUCAUGUGGGAAAAAUAGUACCUGUCUCGCCAUUUAACACCGUGCAAGUGCCAAAGUGAUGGGUGCAUGGGCAGUAAUUUGAAUGCAUUGGUUAUGUCCAUUUUGCUAAGCCAAGUGUUGCUACCAGUUGAAAUGAUGGAUUGUAUAACGUCGUCAAUUUUUACGUACUGUAAUGAAAAUUCAUCUGCGGGUAUGAGUGAGUUAAUGCUGGGAACAAAAGAGUGCGGUGCCGAUAAAUCUAUAAUCAUGCGCUUUUUAUUAGAGUAUUUGUGCACUGCUGUACCUAUGGGAUUAGUGCGCAAGGAGGAAAAAGACGAGGUGAAAGAGCCGAUCAUGAAACCUUGUGCUAUUUCAGCGGAAAGGAGAGUGUCCGUGGCUUCUGGGUCUUGGCAGGCUGAUAGGAGAUUGGGAUAUUCCAGCGUGCCUGGGGGAAUGGCUACAAGACCCAUGAGAAAGCCCUGGGUGAACCCUGUUAACAAAUAUUCCACUAGAUGUCUGCUCGGAUGAGUUUUCAAGUAAAUAAACAGGUUGUCGAUAUUAAUGUCGGAUAGUCAUUUUGAUAGGGGACAACCUGGCUGGGCACAUGGUCUUGCCCUGAAGCAGAUAGAGCAGAUGUGCAACAAUCUACAGGCGCUGAAGCUGCAGGAACCUGCAUUGAAAUUGUUGCACACCUGAGCUUUCCCUAGAAAGGGGAUGGGCCUAUCCAGUUUAUCCCGUUGACCACCCUCUUGUUUAUUGUGAGGGGUGGAAGUGGAUUGAGGGGUGGGAGUGGGGGUGGAUGGAUCAGCCACAGAAGGGCACAAAUAAGCCAAAUGGGUUGAAGAAUUACAUAUAGCACAAGACGGGGGCCUCAGACCAGCGAAGCGGCGACAGAAUAAUUCUGUAUCCAUCUGGCACCAGUUAAUUCUUAUGUUAAACUGCUUCAGAUGUGUCGCCGCUUUCACUGAUAUCGAUUUAUGAUAAUCAUAAAAAGAUGAGUCCCCGUACUUGAUGCCCAAAUCCACGAGUAGUUCGAGACAGAGUAACAAGUGUAGAGUGAAGGCUGCCUGAGGCCUAGAUAAACCGUAAUUGAAGUGAAAUAAAUACUAUACCUGGAUUGUAGGACAAGAACCAGGUUUUUUUUUUUGCAAUUUUGCUGUAAUAUAUGACAAAACGGGCGAUCUGUGGAGACCAGAGAAAUUAACAGAGCUAAGAUUAACAUCCGCACAUAAAGAAAUGGUAUAAUAUUGUGUAAUUAGCAUUUCAUGGUUAACAGCCAAGUAUGUUAGAUUGCUGUUACUGCUAGCGUUUAGUGCAGGCAAGCUACAUGUAAUACAUAAAGAAAAAGAACCAACCCAUACCAUAAAUAAACCACUAGGUGGCCCACUAAACUUGGCAUAUGAACUGACACGAGACAAUGGAAAGCAUGAAUGAAAGUGUACAAACAGAAGCACUAUGCCAUGAACACUAUAAUGAAUUAUGGCAUCCUUUACAUAUUACCAAAACCCGAUCCCCGAGAUGCCUUAGUGUGGGGACUGUGGGUGGUCUCCGAUAAAAGUUACCGCCAUGUGCGUUCCGGCCCCCCCAUAAGACCACAGAGCGGCGUGGAGGGGACCGAAAUGUAACGCAAGUAAGACUCACGGUUUAGCAGUCAGGAAGCCGGACCGCAGAUAGGACGGAGGAUUCUGCUGGAGACUCCAGCUGACAGACAGGACGCCCGGACCCGAAGUCAGGCAAACCGGAAGUCGAACUGCAACACUCAAACUUGAACGUUAGAGGUGAGUAGGGGCUGGGAGUUUAAGUAGGGACUUAUUCCUCCCACAGAUUCGUGUGUGUGUGUGUGUGUGUGUGUGUGUGUGUGUGUUUUUCAAGAAUAUGUACAGCAGUGACUAUGGUAUGUAAUCUUUAUUUUGGAAAAAUAAUUUAAAAACCAGAAAUCCUGCCUAAAUGAGGGGUGGGGAAUGUACAAGAAUUGAUUGAUUCAUUCAGUUUCUGUUCCUAUUUAGAUGUUCUCAAACAAUGAUGAGGUUUUGAUUAAUAAGAAGCUUCCCAAGGAGCUUUUGCUAAGGUAUGUAGUAGAGAUGUACAUGCGUAUUAAAAGCAACACCUAACAUUCAACUGGUCUCUCCAAAAAACAUGGUAAUUGGUGACUCUCUUUUUAAAUGAAGAAAAGCCUUCAAUACCAGGAGGAAUGUGUUUUAAAGGCCUUAGUGUCUGUGUUUGCUAACCUGACUUCUUUUUCUUUUUAGAGUUUUGGAAAAAAAUAAAUAAUUUUUUAUUUUUAUUUUUUUUCUCCUGCAGGAUUUUCUCCUUCUUGGAUGUUGUGACCUUGUAUGUCGCGUGUGCUCGGGGUCAAGGGUAAGUGGGAAGAGGAUGGAAUGGUGUGUGUAGGAUGUAUAUGCUGCUUUCAAGCAAGCAUACUACUAAUGCAUUGAUUUGUUUCAGGCUUGGAAUGUCCUGGCUCUUGAUGGCAGCAACUGGCAGCGAAUUGACUUGUUUGAUUUAGAGAGACAUUGAGGUACAGUUGGGGCUGGCAACUCUGUCUUUCCCUCUACUACCCUAGCAAUAUCCCAUGUGCUUGCAUUUUUUGCAAAAAAAGAGAUAUAUUCUCAUGUGCUUGCAUUUUUCAUUUCUACUUAGGGUCGUGUAGUAGAAAAUAUCUCUAAGCGUUGCUGGGGGUUUUCUACUAAACUUAGCUUGCGGGGAUGCCUUGGUGUGGGAGAUAAUGCACUCAGGUAAGAACUAGAAGAAAUCCUACUAGUUUCAGCGAUACUCCCCUCCUUAUUUCCUUGCCUUAAAAAAAAAAAAAAAAAGUAUUGCUGUAAAUGGAGACCCCCUUUGGGGGUCUGGGCAUAAAUACUGUGUAUCUUGCCUGCAAUAAACCGUUCUUGUUCACCCUUCACUAAGACUCGACUAGUGUUUGCGUGAUGACACGAUUGCCCUUCUGCAAGCGGCUGUAAUCACUCUAGGGGCUGGGCAAAACUAGGAAGAGGCGACCACAGGCGGUAGUAACCCAUCCUUGAGAGGGUAUACUGCCAUGUCAUACAUUUACUGCAGAAAUAGUUUAUUUCAGAUAAAAGUUCUGUCUCUAAAAAUAAGUCUAUGUAUAAUAUUUUUUUCCUAUAUGCAUACUAACUUUUCUUUCUCUCUAACAGAACCUUUGCGCAGAACUGUAGGAACAUAGAGGUUUUAAAUUUGAAUGGCUGCACCAAGAUUACAGAUACGUGAGUGAGCUUUAGAUGUCUGAUCUUUAUGAGAGUGAGUGAACAGAGCAAGUACUUAAAUGAAAUAUUUCCUCUACAGAUCCUAUAAAAUGUAAUGACUUAAUUAUUGUAUCGUGCACUAGGAGGUGUGAACGAAGGCUUUGACUUUUUUUUUUGUCUUUUGUGAUCUUCCUUUUAGAACCUCCUCGAGUCUCAGUAAGUUUUGCUGUAAACUGAGGCACCUGGAUCUGGCGUCUUGCACAUCCAUCACUAACCUGUCCCUCAAGGCACUCAGGUGAGGGAGGAGUUAAAUGGAAAUACAGGUAGUUGAUGAGCGCACACACAGGGGAGAUGGAUUAAAAAUUAAAAUCUGAUGUUGGAAAACUUCGGAGGGUGAAAUGUAGUAGAACUAUGAGGAGAUUGUCAGCUUUCUAGUUGUAGGAAGACCUAGAUGAUUGAAUCUGUUUAUUUGCAUUGUGUAUGUGGGUAUCUGUGCUCAAUUUUACACCCAUUAUUGGUCUCCUUGCAUAACUAGGGGAGAGUUUGUAGUUUCAAAAACUAGUGUUUUAUCAGGCAAAGUUAUAUCCGGACAUGUUUAAUAUUUUUAUUUAUAUAUUCUCCAUCGAUCCGGACAUCUGCAAGUAUCUCACUUUUUUUUAUUUUUUACAUUUUAUUAUUUUUUUAGCGAGGGCUGCCCCCUCCUGGAGCAGUUGAACAUAUCUUGGUGUGAUCAGAUAAGCAAAGAUGGGAUCCAGGCUUUGGUGAAAGGCUGUGGUGGGCUACGAUUCUUAUCGCUUAAGGGUUGCACCCAGGUAUUCAGCCUUUAUUCUAUUUUUGGUUUGUCUACCUAGUUUGAUUUAAAAAAAAAAAAGCUAUUGUUUUGUUGGAUUGUAUGGGGGUGAAAACACAAGAUUAAAAGAUACCGAUUUGUUGUAAAAACAAGGCUUUUCUUGUUUUUGUUUUUUGCUUUUUUGUUUAUACUUGGCUUUUGCAGUGUUUGUUUGUAUCUGGUGUGUGUGUGUAUAAAGCCAUUUAUCACAAAAGUCAUCAUUUAACCAAAACAUUAAACACACAGUAACAAAUUUAAUUCUGAGAACUUGUUUUGCUGUGUCACAGCAAAGUUUGUACCUAUAAAAUUUGUAGGGACACCCCUUUUCACUUUUUUAAAUGUAUUUUUUUGUUCCCCCUUUCUGAACUAUAUUUAUAAAAUGCUAAUGUGGGUCCUAAACUAUUUACAUGCUCACACAAUCUGUCCAAAUAUGCUACUAAACUCCCUUCAAGCAUCACUCACUCACACACACCUACCUCCCAGGCAUUACACACACCACACUUUCAUGUCCUUUCACUUCCCCCCACUUCCAACCAACUCUGCUUUUGGCCUCAGGCCAAUCUCUUCUCGACUUUAAAGGCACCCUUCAUUUGCUGUAUGUAGGAUUGCCUACUUUUAUUCAGGCAGCAACUUGCAGGUCUGGGAUUCAUGAAUGUAAUCGAAGAGGAGCCUGGAGGUUCUCUGCCUCUUCUGGAACAGAUCUCCCACUGCUCCAUAACAAAGUGCAGUGUAGUUAGGUAACAUCUUGUCUGUACACUGGCUGCAAUAUAAUACUGACACUGUACAACAUGAUGGCAAUGUCUGGCCUCAUCAGGAAGAUCUUAAUCACAUGAUCCCUAGCAAUAUGAUUUAGCACCACAAGAUGAUAUAACACAGUUGGCUUAGGAUAUCCAUGUAUAUAAAAUAUUUAAAAAUACAUAUUAAAAGAUAACCAGCUCUUAUUAGCUCUGUGAAGGUGUCUGUUUUCCCCUGGCCAUGGAAUGUCAUGCAAAUAAAAGAAUCUAAUCUAAACAAUGCUAAUUUACAGCUUGAUAUCAGAAGAGGGACAUGUCUGUUUUAUAUUAAUGCAUUGAUUCUGUGUUUGUAUCUUCUGUAGAUUAAACUAAACACAAAGAUUUUGUGACACUACAUCUUAAAACCUAGUAAUGUGUGUUUUUGUUUUUUUUAGUUUAAAUUUGCUCCUUGCUCUGCAUGUCUAAAUAUAUAAUGUUGGGAUCAUUUUUUUUAUUUUUAUGGGGAAGAUCAUUUUAAUACUAAACUAAUCAAUGUAAAGGAAAUUGUAGAGUCAAAGCUCUGUAAACCUAAAAUGUUUGAAAGAAAAAAAAAAAAGCCAUUAAAUAAUCUCACAUGAAAGCGGAGGACAAUUUAAAUGUUAUCCUACCAGAUUGCUUGUCAUAAAAAUGAUUUAUUUUUAUAUAUUUCAUAGGACAUUAUUGUAUUUGUGUAAAACAAGGCUGAGCGAAAUUGGAAUCUGUUUACCCCUAUGUGAUGAUCAAAAACGCAAAACAACAAAACAAACAACCUAUAACCCUGGGUGAUAUGGCAAAUACAAACCAUGUUUGUAUAUCCAUGGAAACUGAUGAUUGGUGCAGACCAGGCAGCUGUUGGCACUCCAGAUGUUAUGGGCUACAUAUCCCCUGAUGCUUUGCCAGCAUUAUUGCUGUAAGAGCAUUAUGAGAGAUGUAGUUUACAUUAUUUAUUUGGAGUGCCUAAGGUUGCCUACCCCUAAUGUAGAUGCUCAAAAGGCAAAGUUUUGGAAGGCAGGUUUUACGUCUAUAAGAACACAUGGUUACAUGGCCCCGGUGCAAAAAUUGCCCUGGGCUUCCCCUCACUUGCUCUGUCUCAUUCCCUUCCCAGCCCCUCCAUGUGUCUCAUUCCCUUCCCAGCCCCUCCAUGUGUCUCAUUCCCUUCCCAGCCCCUCCAUGUGUCUCAUUCCCUUCCCAGCCCCUCCAUGUGUCUCAUUCCCUUGCCCUCCCCCCAGUAAAUAGUUGCACUGUGAUAUAUGUAAAAUUGGAAGAAACAAAGUUGAGCAAGCAAGAGUUUACUUACAUGAUGAGAAAUACUAAAACAUAAUGUUAUAAUUCAAAGUAGAAACAAAUUAGAAAAAUGUAAUGAAAGUCAAUUUCAGACUGGGCAAUAGAUGCUUGUGGUAGUCUUCAAGUGGAAAGAGAAAUCAAACCAUACACAAAUUCCUUGGUUGUAUAUGUAAACAGGCUUGAUGGCAUAUUCAUUUCUUGUCACAUAUAAUCUUUCUGUGUUUGUCAUUCUGUCCCCAACAUGCGUUUUUUUUUUUUUUUUCCUGUAGUUGGAAGAUGAGGCUCUUAAAUAUAUUGGGUCCCACUGUCCAGAGCUUGUCACGUUAAAUCUACAGGCGUGUUCAGUAAGUUCCCACUGGAUCAUGUAUGUAUUAAGUAAACUUUAUUUAUGAAAGCUGGGUUUCCAAUGCUUUGAGUUAAUUCUGGAAUCACAGAGUUGUGCUAAUUAUCUGGAAGCCAUACUAUUCUCAACUGGGGAUGUAAGCGAAACAAUACCAGAACCAGCCCAUGAGGUUUCAUGUUAAAUACUGAUACUUUAAGAGUUUGAUGUAGAAUGCGUUGGCACAUCCCCAGAGCUACUCUUCUGUUAAACUAGCAAUCAUUUUAAUAAAGUGUAUGAGGUCUUAAAAUUAAAACGUACAAUCGGAAAUUCUAACACUGGAAAUAUUUAUUCUCUCCUGGAAUGGAGUGUCUUCAUAUGUGCUCCCUCGACAGGUCUGCUUAUUGUACCUGUCAUUCAGAAGGAUGAACUGAAACAAUGUUUUUGGUUUUCCUUCUCCAGUGCAAGCCUGGUUGUGCCAAGACUGAACCGGAUUGUUGUACCAACUGCUUAAUUUUUUUAAAGUAACAUUCAGACGUUCUAAACCUAUUUCUGCCCACUUUUUAAAUUCAGAAUUGUUGUUUUGGGGGGGAGGAGAAGAGCUGCCUGCACCCUGUCUUAUGAGAAAGUCCAGGAGUCAGCCUGGAGCAGAAGCAGCACAGUGUUACACAUGGUGUCCUAUUCCCUGUGUGUCUCUACCACUGCACUUUUUCUGCAUAAGGAUAAGCCUCGCUGAGGAGACCAGGAACAGAGAGCAGAGCAAAGGCAACAAACAAAGCACAGGGCCAGUGGCUCGCUACCUCUGAUCCUGUUAAAACACUGGCUAGCUGCCUGCCUUUCCCUUAACCAGACUCCAAGGUACAGGGCCACAAGGCCUGUGUGUUCCUGUAUGUUUGAUAGUACCUGCUUGCGUGGCUGUGUCUGUAAGCAACUUAAUACUGAUUAAGGAACACACACAAAAGUACAGUUCUACAUUUUACAAAACUACUUCAAAUGACAUAUUUUGGCAAACAAAUAUGGGGAUUCAGUUCCACCAUGUGGCUAUAUUGUGUUAAUCUCACCACUGUCACAGAACCCAAAUUUGGAUUCAAUGAUGUAGUGGUGGGCUUCACAAUAGUCACAAUGCCACUAUGUUAAGAUGUGGUAUUGAUUCUUAGUGUCCCUUUAAUGUACAUUUAAAAAUUUUUAAAAAACAAUCUUGUCAAAACAUCAAAAAUAGGUGAUUUUCUGUAUUUUUAUGAAAUAGUGUAACUUCCAUAAAGAUUACUAUUCCUCUUUAAAGUAACACUACAGUGUUAGGAAUACAAUAUUUAAUUCUUGUUGUUGGAUAAUGCUGCUCCUGCUCCGCCAUCAGCGCACAUUUGGCAUUCCUUAUAGGAACGCAUUGAGCCAAUGCUUUCCUGUGGGGUUUUUAAAGGUGCUGUCUGUGGUGGGUUUUUUUUUGUUUGUUUUUUAACUCCGUGAAAGUGACGAUCUGGUAGACAACAGUAUCUAUAAAACUGCAAUGUUUUACGUUGCAAGUUAAGGGUACAGGAACACAGCACCCUGACCACUUCAAUUAGAUGAAGUGGUCUAAGUAUAAUGUCCAUUUUAAUGGUAAAGUGGUUUCUGCAUUAGCUCAUUGCACCAGACUUUACACAGGUUUUUAGAACCUAACUAAUUCCAUUCUGUUCAGUUUUAUGAAUGUUUCUUUACUUUUGUCCCAGCCCUAAUGGGCACAGCUUUCGCUUCUGUCCCAGCUUUCAUUGCCUCUGUCUUAGCAGCAGAUCACGGACGAUGGUCUCAUUACGAUUUGCCGUGGAUGCCACAAACUCCAAUCUCUCUGUGCCUCCGGUUGUUCCAAUAUCACAGACUCCAUUCUCAAUGCACUGGGGCAAAACUGCCCUCGUCUCAGGUAACUGCCCAUGUCCUAGUACCGUAUAGAAUGUAGUCUUACAGGCAAAUAUUCCGUUUUUUUUUUGUUUUUUUUAAAUGUACUUUUACUUACAGUAGUGCAAAAGACAUGUGUAUGUAUAAAUCUCCCUCCCCAUUUCCUGUAAUGGUCCUCAUUUUAUGUAUUAAAUGCAUUUUGGUAUUUGAAUUGACUUUUGUGAUGCGCGCGCUCUCUUUCUCUCUCUCUCUCUCUUUCUCUCUCUUUCUUUCUCUCUCUCUUUCUUUCUCUCUCUCUUUCUCUCUCUCUCUCUCUCUCUCUCUCUCUCUCUCUCUCUCUCUCUUUUCUCUCUCUCUCUCUUUCUCUCUCUCUCUCUUUUUCUCUCUCUCUCUCUCUCUCUCUCUCUCUCUCUCUCUCUCUCUCUCUCUCUCUCUCUCUCUCUCUCUCUCUUUCUCUCUCUUUCUCUCUCUUUCUCUCUCUUUCUCUCUUUCUCUCCACACCCCUCUCUCUCUUUCUCUCCCCUCUAUCGGUUGUCAUUUUAACAGUUUGUAAAUUUUAGGUAUGUUAAGCUAGUUUUCAAAAGGUUGAUCUAUAUUCCUAGUUUGAGUUCUGUAUGAGAAGGCAGCUCUUUGUUAUAUCAAGAAUAGGCAGUUCCAGUGUUCCCUAUAGACCAGAGUUUAAUAGGGAAAACAAAACACAAACUUUUUUUUUUUUUUUUAAUACUUUAAUGUCAUAAAAUGCAGAAGUUAGAGCUUCCACUCUAGUAAUACCUGUAUGGGGGCACCGGAUCACAGCGCGUAGAAUCAUCCUGUAUGAAGUCUCCAUUUACUACAAUGUCAAUAGUGGUGUACAGUUAUCUUGUGCACUAGAAACCAUUUUAAAAUGCUACUCCUUUCAAUGACUGAGACACUUGAUCUAACAAAUGGAUUUACCCAUACCCAGUAUACUAAACCGAUUGAGGGUUAUUUAGAAUAUAGUGCAAAAUCCUAAAAGUGAAGCUAUUUUCAUAGGGGUAGGCAAAACGUUAAAAAGGCUCAUGUUGAUCCCUCAAGUUUUAGAACUUUGCAUUUAUAAAUGUUCCCAUUGUUCUAGCCUUUUGUGCAUGGUACCAUACGAUCAGAUAGUCUGCCUGAUAAUGAUCAUUCAGCUGUGGUGGUUUUUGUUUUAGUGCAAAUUAUCCACUGUGUGUUCAAACAAUAUAUCUGUCUGCUCAGACUGGCUGUAUAUGAUGUGCCUAAAAUCAAGGCAGCAGGGUACAAAUCACUCAAACUGUAAAAUAUUUUUUCAGAAAAAGCUGCUAACUACAUUUCCAAUUAUUUCACUUUGGCACGGAUUUUGACAGUACUGGAAAGUCUAGGAGAAUUCAUUACAACCUAUUUAAUUUUCUUUUGCCAAGAAGUUAUCUCAAGUGUGGUGUUCUAUUUUAUUUAUUUUGAUUUCGUUUUAUUUUUAUUUGGAUUUUAAUAGUCUUGUAAGGUUGUUCUGUAUUUUCUUUUUCAUUUUCCUAUUUGCAACACAUUUUUCUGCGUUUAAGCUUUCUUCCAAAUUGAUAAGCACUGGCUCUUAUAAAAUUGUUUAUUAAUGUCUUUUGUCCAUAUAGUGUGUGUGUGUGUGUGUAUACGCAUAGCCUUUUGAAUGUAAUGUAUCUUAAAUAGAAAAGCAAAGAGAGAAGAAAAAAAAAAACCUCCCCCCCUUCACAAUAAUCUACCUCCUUCCUUCACAAUGAUUGUUAUCCACCCUGAUUGCAUGUGUCCUAAUACCUAUUGUAAAAGCAGUAUGUCCCUCUCGGUAGGCUAACUAGUUCUGGUUUAGUGAUCACUGGUUUAGAAUAUAUGAAAGGUCAGCCUCUCACAUGCCCAUACUUAAUAAGCCACACUCACCUACUUUUAAUUAACCACUCACACAAAUAAAUGCAUAUGGAUUCCCAAAUAAGCAGUGUUUUUGAAAUACAAACUUAUAGCCGCCAAGUGUAUCCUCAAGUUCAUUACACCUUUCUCCUUCCCCCUUACCCUGGUAAUGUAAUAAAAUGCAGGGUUCUUUGUGGGGGCCUUUUAGAUAUUUCAUUUAUUCUUUGUAAUUUUUUUUAAAACUCUCUGAGGGAAGAGGAGUGGAUCUUGUCAUAUCCUCUUGGCUUCCUUGAGUUGGGAUUUCGUGGGGUUUGUACUACGAGGUAGAAGUCAGAGCUGUAUAUGGUGAUAACUGCUUUUGUUCCUAUGCUGACUGCGCAUCCAGGUCUCCGGCUAGAAAUGGAACUGUACAAAAUACACACUCAUUGCUUUUCAGUAGCCCCCUUUUGGGUCUGUAACCAGGGUAAAGCUCCCCUAGUGAUAUGCCCUGCCUCUGAGUGCUGACACUUUGUGUGUUAAAUUGCUUUUUCUUAUGCACAUUGGGGAAGUGCACAUUUUUACUGCUCUACACUGAUCUGGUUUUUAAGGUGACUGUAACCUAUUAUGGUUUUUAUUUCUACACUUUUUGCUUUUUAAAUGCAAUUUUGUUAUUUACUUUAGAGAUUGAUUACAGGAAACCUUGUUGUAGACUGGAUUAGGCAGGUUACAGAGCGAAGCUUACAUUUUGUUUCACUGGAUUUGUACAUUUCCGAGUUAACAGAAUUUGAAAACCCCUUCUGCUUUUCUGUAGGACGAGGAUAACUGAUUUUCCUGUGCUGUCUUCACUAUCGCUUCUUGGGAAGUCUAGUACUUUCUUCUUAUGAAACGUAAUGGAGUGCAGAGGGAAAAUUGCUCGGGCUUGCUGAAAUAGGCCAUGUAUGCUUUCACGGUCCUCUAUGUAUUGCUGAUGGGUUCUAAUGACCAUCAUUUGAAACCACUGAAGGAGUCAGGGCUACAUUGUAAAGGGUGCUUUCAAUGUUAAAGCUAUAGUAUAGCCAUUGUGUAGUUCAGAUGUAUGAAAUAGUUUUCCAGAGAUCUGAUCAGGUCCCGCACCGUGAAAGAGGAUGAGUGCUAUAUAACCGUGCUAGCUCGUCUUGUGAAUGCCAAGCUUGUUAUUUAAAUAGUGCCAGGAUUUUCUCUUCUGAAAAAAAGUUGUUUAAAAUGGAAAAUUUUUACUUUUCUAACAGAAUACUUGAAGUGGCACGAUGUUCACAACUGACAGAUCUGGGAUUCACCACUCUAGCCAAAGUAAGACUUGUGCUUAUUUAUGUUUGUUUGUGGUUUUUUUUUUUUUUGGUUUUUUUUUAUACCUCCUCCUACUCCAUUCCCGCUCGUAAUUCUCCUUUUUCCUGCAGAAUUGCCAUGAGCUGGAGAAAAUGGAUCUUGAAGAGUGUGUCCAGGUGAGAUGGGCUGAAUUAGAUAAUGGAGGGUUUACGCAAGGUAAAAAUAUUGUCCUUUUUUCUUUUUCAUAUACUGGAUAUACUUGAUAACUGGCUUUUGACAUCCCAGUUGUAGUAUAUGGAGAUGGUGGGUUGUUGCUCUCUUGUUGUGUUUUUUAUUUUUUUAUUUUUUUUAUCUAAAUUCUUUAUUUAACGUACUUUCAUUUUGCAUAUUCAUAUGUCGUAUGUGGUUAAUGGGAUACAGAAUUGAGAAAGAGGGUGCAGGGGUAACAACGUAUUUAGCAAAUUGUCAUAGUAUUGCAUUACAGUACGUAUACAGCUUUUUGAGCCUUGUGUAUUCGGUCCGGUCUUGGACCGUAGCAGAAGGUGGUGCUUGCCUAAUUGCCCUCAGUUGAGGGUGUCUGUUUAUUCUGAUCCCCCUUUGAGGGGGGGAUUCUACUGGGAUUGUUGGCUGCUGUACUGUGGUUGAGAGGGUUAACUUGGCGUGAGAUUGGUAUCGGGGUUGGUUCGAUGACUGGGGGGUGUUCGUGUGUGCCGUCUUGAACUCUUCGGUUUGUCUGUGGUGUUUGUGUGCAGGUUGUUAGGAGUUGUCUACUCUGUGUUGGGUUGGUUUAAUUUUCUUCAGGUGUCGUGUGAGAGUUGGGGUGGGGGGAUGAAGGGGGUUAGGUGUGGUGUGUAGAGCUGCGAUUUCGGAAGACUCCUUAAGUCAUGUUGUUGGUGCGGUAUCCUUUGUGGUUCUGGUGCUUGCACGCUUGUUGGUGUGGUUGUCUCAAGUGUGGUUCUCUGGGGCAAGUGGGCUCGUGUGGGUUGCCAUGUGCUCUGGAGUCCGUGUGAUCUCAUUGUAGUCUAUGCCUCCCCCUCUCGUGGGGGGAUGAGGGGGUUUGUCUGUUGUGUGGGGGGGUGGGAUGUGCUCUCAUGUUGCGCUUUGGGAUUCGGUCUUCUAGCAUGUAGUGAUGUAUGGGGUUGGAGCCCUUCAUGGUGAGGUCUUGUGUUGUGUAUUUCUCGGUGUUCACCUUUAUGUGUAUAUGUAGUGGCUGUAUUCCUUUAUUGUCCAGUGGGUUUCUUUUGCGCCGUCUGGUGUUUGUGUUUGUGUGGGCAGUGGCGUGUAAGUGUUUUUCCUCCAUGGCGUGUGAGUGCUGCAAUUGUUGGGGCUGUUUUGUGGAGGGUGUCUCCCCACCCCCCUAAGGGGGUUGCCUUGGUCUGUGUUGCCUUGGUCUGUGUAGGGGUGUUUUGCCUGAGAAGUGUCGGGUUGUUCCUUUAUCCCGUUGAUUGCGGUGUCAAGUGUGUUCCGCAGAGGGCUGUAAGGGGCAGAGUGAGGUAAGGGUGCCCCCAACCCGGCCCUUGUAGGGAAAGUGUGUGGAAGAGGAGUAGGGAGGGUUGUACUGUGCUGGUUUCGUUUGUGUUGUGCUAUUUCGAUCCUUUAUGGUCGGGUCUCUUUUUGGAUGCCUUUAUUUCUCUCUCUUGUUCUUAACCAUUUCUUCUAUUCUAGAUCACAGACAGCACUCUCAUCCAGCUCUCCAUACACUGUCCCAGACUGCAAGUCUUGGUGAGUAUCGAUCUGUGGAUGGAGCAUGAGGCUGGUGAGGUGCAUGAGGAUGAGUGAGAAGAGUGGCAAUGCCACAGAGGACUAGAUACUGUGAUUGCCUUGAUUACAUGGGUUUUAUGAAGCUGGGAAGGACACAGGAGAUAACUGACAUCAAAUUGUUGGUAAGGGUGACCCUAAUACAGUGGAAGAAUUGAAGGGAGGUUGGGGACGACUCGAGGUAAAAGGGACGCUUGGUGUGUGUUUGGUAGAGUUGGCUAAGAUGAAGAACAGAUGGUUAUUGUAGGCUCAAGGAGGGUCAAAUGUGUUGGCACAGUAUUGUAUUGCUUCCCUUUUAUGCCUACAGAGUCUCUCGCACUGUGAGUUAAUCACGGAUGAUGGAAUCCGCCACCUCGGUAAUGGAGCAUGUGCCCAUGAUCGACUGGAGGUCAUAGAGCUAGACAAUUGUCCUCUAAUUACCGAUGCAUCCUUGGAACACCUAAAGAGUUGCCAGAGCCUCGAACGAAUUGAGUUAUAUGAUUGCCAACAGAUAACACGAGCUGGAAUCAAGAGGCUACGGGUAAGGAGGGGUAUAAAUUACUCAUCAAAUGCUUCCACUUAGUGUUGGGUGCUAAAAAAAAAUGUUUGUGUUUGUUUGGUUUUUAUAUUUGGGGGGAAGGGAAUUCUUUUUCAAUCUCAUCCUUACAACCAUUUCUCUUUCAGACACAUCUACCAAAUAUUAAAGUUCAUGCCUACUUUGCGCCAGUCACUCCUCCUCCCUCAGUAGGAGGCAGCAGGCAGCGGUUUUGCAGAUGCUGUGCCAUCCUAUGA